CACGCACACAAGCGAGGCUUAAACCUCCGUCCAGAGAGAACGGAGGAAGAGAGAGGGAGCGAUCGAGCUUAUAUAACGGGAGCUCUGGGAAACACUUGACAGAUGAGCGGACCUUCGCGGGAGGAGAAGCCGGCUGAGGUGCGAGGCACAGCGGCCAUGACGCGAGCUCGCUCCGCGCUGCGAUCCGCGUCCGUCGCCGGAGGUUCCCCUAAGGAUCAACAUGGACUCAGUGGCCGUGCUGUUGGAUAUUAAGCCUCCGCUGGUUUGACACAUCCAUUGUUCCGCCACGGCUGUCGGACCCCAUGAAACCUCAGCUUCAAAUUAAGUGAAGAAGUAGGCCCCAUGCAAUGGCCAUCUACUUUGAAGAGAGGCAGUAACCGGCGUGGGGAUGGUGGUGCCGCUCUACAGGCUGCGCUGCCUGUUGAAGCGGGCUCAGAUGCUGCUGCUCUGCAUGGGCAUCGCCUACCUGAUGGCCGGCAGCAUCCUGCUCCUGCAGCGCUCGACCGUCAGGGUAGCCCAGCAGAACGCCCCGGCUCUGCCUCCGCUGCAGUCUCUGGCAGCGCCUCCUACUGUCCUGCGGGUCACCAGUCUUGGCGUGAGGGCACGCUCCAGAUGGGCCACUGCACAGGCCAUGUCCGGAGGGGGAGCCAGGAGCGCUCAGCACUGGCCAGCGUCCCGUAGCCUGGGGGUGCAGCAUUUGCACCGCCGCUGGUUUCACAGUCUGCUCCCAGACAAUCCAGAACAGGGGGUCUCACACACCAGGACCAGCAGGCAUAAAGGAACCUACAUGGGCUGCUUCCUGCACAAUGCCAGUGAUCGUGCUCUGGGAGGAACCAUGCUUUACGAUCUGCGUAAAAUGACCAGCUCUCUGUGUCAGGACACUUGCUCGGAAAGUGGCUAUCAGUUCGCAGGUCUGGAGUACGGAGUUGAAUGUCACUGUGGGAAUCGGAUCAGCAGCCCGCAGGCUCCCGAGGAGGACUGUAGUCUGGUGUGUCGGGGAGAGCGCGGGGCUCCCUGCGGUGGCGUGGGACGCCUCUCCAUUUACAAGGUGGAGCAGCAGCUGCCGGGUCACAGAAAAUUCAAGAACAUUCACCACCGUGGAUGCUUCAUGCUGACCAAGAACGUCAUCAGCACUUUUCCCAUCAACACUUUCCAGCCCAACCUGACCACUCAGUCCUGCGUCGAGACCUGCACCGACAAGGAGCUGCCGCUGGCCGUGAUCAGGAAGCCCCACUGCUUCUGCACGUGGACGUCUUCUGUCUUCAGUCUGGACCUGCAGUCGGAGAAGCAUCAGUGUGUGGGCAGCACAGACGUCCACAUGGCUAAGAACUCCACCCCUGCGGCGACGGCCGACCACGACUUCUACCAAGUCUAUCACACGCCAGUCCUCGACUCCAGGUGCAAAGAGAGGAUGUUUCUGCCGCACAGAUCCAGCUCCCUGGUGGCUCUGUCCAGUUUCCCUGGCGCUGGAAACACCUGGGUGCGGCACCUGAUCGAGCUCAUGACCGGCUACUACACUGGCAGCUUCUACUUCGAUGGCACCUUGUACAACAGAGGUUUCAAAGGAGAGAAGGACUACUGGAAGAGCGGCCGCAGCAUCUGUGUCAAGACCCAUGAGAGCGGCCAGAGGGAUAUCGAGAUGUUUGAUUCUGCGAUCCUGCUCAUCCGGAACCCUUACCGCUCCCUCAUGGCCGAGUUCAACCGCAAGUGUGCCGGACAUUUAGGGCACGCCACAGACGCUCAGUGGAAGAGUAAAGAGUGGCCAGAGUUUGUCUCCAGCUACGCCCCCUGGUGGACCUCCCAUGCGCUAAGCUGGCUGAAGUUUGGACGGCACCUGCUGGUGGUCCACUACGAGGAGCUGCAGAGGUCCCUCCUUCCACAGCUGCGACUCAUCGCCAAUUUCCUGAACAUCACUGUGUCGGAGGAGCGGCUGCUGUGCGCUCAGAGCAACAGGGACGGUCACUUCAAGCGCUCCGGCGCCCAGCAGCCUUCCUUCGAUCCGUUUACUUCGGACAUGAGACAAACGGUGGACGCCUUCAUCCACACGGUGGACCUGGCUCUGCAGAGCCGAAACUUUAGCGGAAUUCCACAGGAAUACAUCCCUAGAUGAUGGUGUGGGCAGGCCAGGUGCCGGGAAAAGCUCUGCGGGAACCUCACACUGACACUCACACCAGGGCCAAUCCGACUGGACAGACUGCGCGAUAAGCCGCCGGCACUUUGCAGGAACACACAGGAGGUGGCUGGAGGAAACAGGACUAUUAAUUGUGUGAUGUAAUCUGUGUGGGUGAGACUUCCUCGCUGGCAGCAGCCAAGUGCGAUGAAUAAAAAGAGGAUUUAUUAAGAUCUCUUAGCGGCCAGAGUUGGAUUAUCCAAACGCGCCCGAGUGCACAAAUAUGAGUGAUGAGGAUGCGACUAGCUUUUCUCGCAGCCCGUUCAAAUUCCACUUUAAUACAUACACUACUUUCACAGCCACGGCAAUUAUCUGCCGCUGUGAGAGGGAAACGCCGCACUGUGUGUUGAGCAGAGCCGGUGUUUGGGACUUCAGAAGGUCUCCUCUUGAACUGAACUGUGAGCUGUAUAUGCUGAAGCUGAUGCCAUUAAACACGUUUACAUUGAAGUGAGAGAUGCUUCUCACGCUGCUGUGUUUUUAAUGAUCCAAGGUGAGGUUGCAGAGAGCUGUCGCUGCUGUUUGCUCCUUCAUACAUAUGUGUCCUUCAGACUGAGGCAGCCUGCCGGCGCGUUAGAUCAGUCGGCAGCAGCAAAUAAUGACUUAUAGCGAGUAAACAGCGACUGCUGCGGUGAGCUCUUGUUCAACACGCACAUUUGUUACCGACUCAACGAUCACAC